ACAUCUGGCAUCUCUGGUCGUCUGUCAAUUCCGGGUGUUGUUUCUUGUUUUACUUGAAAUUACCGUAUAUGCUAAAUUAUCAUAGAAACAAUAUUAUAGUUAUUUUAAACACGAUUAUGAGUGAAAAUGACACUGUUCACAUUGAAUAUGCAGACGAAACAGAAUUAGUCAGUGAAUUUCGAAGCUAUAUGAGUGAUCCUGACCUUCGAGAAAAAGCCGCUAUCUAUCUUCUCGAAUCGUUGAUAGAUGAAUCUAUAGUAGGAGUUGUUUUCGAGGUACAUCACGCGUUCAAGACAGGUUCUUGUGAAGCAAUUGAAGGCCAGCCAGAAGAUUGCAAACCGUAUACAAUCGUUGAUUCGCCAGAUACGGAUGUGUUUGGGUCAUCUAUUAGCAAGAAAGCAAUAGACUGCAAUUGUCCAAACUGUAAUAGAAUUGUGGCUGCUUCUAGAUUUGCGCCUCAUCUGGAGAAAUGCAUGGGAAUGGGUCGAAAUUCAUCUCGUAUCGCUAGUCGUCGGCUUGCUAACUCUAGAGAUGGUAGCAACUAUUUUGGAGCUGAUGAAGACGACGAAGAUGAUGCUGAUUGGUCUGGUGAAAAACGCAAGAAAAAGAUUGCAACAAUUAGAACGAACGGAAGCAAGAAAAAUGGAAAAACAUCUUGAAAAUAAUUGUCAAAGGUUCGGGUUACUGUCAACCCCUGGAAGCGUCGUCUAAGAUCUAGAAAUUUAUCUGGAAAAAAGAUCGAUAAAUAGCAGAUAACUCGAUAAAAAUGAAAUUAUGCGUUAGUUAUAGACGCCCGACAGUUCCUGGAAAGCUUGGCUAUUAUUCGAUUAUUGACGAUUAUUGAUUAUUGAAGUAAAUAAAACAGUCAGUAAACAUUUUA